AUGUCGACCAGGGCCAGGAUUUCGUUGUUUGCCUGCCUUGCGGCUGUGAUCGUGUCAAUUGGCUGUAUGCCGAUGCUGUCAAAUCAAGUGUUAAGUGUAGCUGCAUCUCUAUCCGCUUAUCGCAUUGGCAACCAUCAUAAACCUAGCGAAGCUUUAAAUGAUGAUGACGUGGACGACGAAGUUGAGGGUGAGUGGGAUUUUAUGGACAACGACGCCAUUUUUGGGCUACCAAAACGACAGGACGAGGAAGAAAACGUAGAUACAGAGGACAAGAAUAAAUCUUGCGUGACCAUCACGCCGGUGGAGUUCGUGAAUGACGACUACUGCGACUGCCAUGACGGCAGCGACGAGCCCAUAACUUCGGCUUGUUCCAAUCUACUGCUGCAUUUAAAGACAUCUAUGAUCAGUCGGGAGCUCAAGUGCAAAGCAGGCGACAAGAUGGUGGCCUUAGCCUUUGUUGACGAUGGCGUCUGUGAUUGUUGCGAUGGCAGUGACGAGAAAGACGGUCUGUGUAUUGAUACGUGUGAGACCGAGUGGGUACAGCAACUCGAGUUACUUCAUAAGAGACUGGAUAUUGUAGUAAGGGGACAGAAAAAUCAGGCAGAAUAUAUAACCAAGGCCGCAGAUAAAGUGCAACAGCUGCAAACAGACUUUGAACAUCUUUCAAGAUAUUUUCAGUCUGAAACAAAAAAAUUUGAAGCUCUACAGCGGCGGUCCAAGCAUAAUCCGACACUAAGUAGACAAGUCGAGCAAUCGUACGAUGAGUUGCGUCAAGUGCAGUACACGACGUAUGUGCAAAGUCGUGUUACUGACCAAAGCACUUUCUUGGAUGCGAAGUGGAAGCUUGCUUUUGUCGAAUUGGUGGGAUUAUGUUUUUCAUACACAGUGAACGAGAAAGAGCUUAAAGGGGGAGGUUCCUACGUUAUUCCUCGCAAGUAUGACAUGAUAUUCUGUCCUUUUCAGAAUAUCUCGCAGACUGAACCAUGGUAUUCAUCGUGGAAGAAAGCUGAACAUCAAACAAAGUUUGGAGCUGCAAAAAUGGAUGACGUUAUAGAAAAAGAAAGUGUCCCUGUACCUAUCAUCUUAGGCGUUUGGAAUCAGUGGAACAACUCGAUUGGCCUUACGCGCGUACAGGACUAUAACCAUGGCGUACCCUGUGCAAAUGGUCAAGAGCGUAGAGCUCGUGUGAAGCUUUCGUGCGGUGCUCAAAAUCGUGUGUUGUCGGUUGAGGAAUGUGCGAUUUGCGAGUACGAAAUCCAGUUUGAGACGCCGGCAGCAUGCGAGAUAGCGGAACUAAAUGCAGUGAAAGACAAAAUCGCUCAGGUUGAGACGUUUCGUGUCAAAAACGCCGUGGGCAAAACAUCUGACGGUCACGAAGAAUUGUAG